AUGGAUACGAGAGCAAUUCACCAUGACUUGGAUCAAAUAAAGAAUCAUAUUAAGGAACUACAACGACAACAAAAAUCACCGACAUAUUUACUAAUAAAACCAAAUUAUCCAAAUGAUAUCUCUUCAAUGUACUAUUGUAAUGAAUGUAACAGCUUUGUUGGUAAACGAACUUCUCUUCAGUAUUCAACAUGCAAACCAAAGACGGGUACCACAACUUAUCAGGAUAGCUACAAUCGAAAAUGGUCAUCUUCAGCAGUUGCCAGUUACGUUUGCUAUCCAAUAUACCAGGAUCGACCGACAAUAUUAAAAGAACUUCAAAAGAAAUAUCCAUCAUUAUCAUCUGCUGUCCAAAUUCAACGAAAUUGGAUACCAGCAUCGUCUAAAAAUAGUUAUCCAUAUCGACGAUGGAUCUUGGGUGCACAUUAUCCAGACCCGUGA